CCCCAAAACCCUCCUCGCGCCGCCGCCGACCAGCUCGGUCGAUCCACCGCCGAGGGAGGGAGAAGGGCAGGAGCUGUUACUUGCGAGACUUCACCAUGGCUGGGACCAGGCCGAGAGGGAAUCCGAAAUCCAAGGCCCUGGUCGCCGGGGCAGCGCACGGGAAGAAGAAGAAGAGCGGCGUGACGGGCGGGGCGGGGAAGCGCGGGGAGAGGUGCUCCCGCCAUGGCCCUCGCCUCCCCACGGCGCUGCGCCGGCAGCUCGACGCUCUGGGGCCCAGCCCCUCGAGGGGGUCCGACGACGAGGACGGGGAGGCGGGGUCCGACUCCGGGGGAGACGACGUGUACGAGUACGAGGAGGGGGUGCCCGAGGAGGAGGCCGGGAAGAACAGCCGCUACGACGCCGUCGAGAAGUACGAGUACGAGUUCGACAGCGACGCCUCCAAUGCGGAUGAAGACGUGCCUUCAGAUGAAGGUGAGGAUAUGGAAGAAGAUGAUGCCGGCGAGGAUGAAGAUGAGGAAAAGCAGAUAAGAAUACUUCAGGAGACGACUGGCAUGCCUAGGGAAGCGUUUGAUGGGGGUAAGAAGAAGAAACAGCCACUGGAGCUGCCUUUGCAGCCUGAAGUUGGAGAUGGUCCUGUGACAAUCCAUGAUCUCUUGAAUAAUAUUCAGGGUAAGCCUGGAUAUAGCAAACUCCGGAAGAGGCUGCAACAGCAGGAGAAAAAGCCAAUGGUCGUGCAGGCCCCACUUCCAAAAGUGGAGAGAGAGAAGAUCGAGCGUGGUGUGGUAUACCAGGAAUCCAAGAAGGAGGUCACCAAGUGGGAGCCAUUAGUGAAGAGGAACCGGGAGGCUCCCACACUCUACUUUGAAAAUGAUCUGAACUUAGGAGUCAACACAGUUGGGGCGAUAGCUAGUGAAUUUAAACCAAGAAAUGAGUUUGAGAAGAAGAUGGCUGAGAUAAUCCAUAGCACAGAAAUGAUGGAAGCACAUAAGAACGAUGGUGCUAAAAUCUUGGAACUAAACAAGAUUGAUAUGGAAGAUGUGAGAGAUCGUCAAGAUCGUCUUGCUAAAAUGCGCAGCCUUCUGUUUCGCCAUGAGAUGAAAGCAAAGCGAAUAAAGAAGAUCAAGUCCAGGACAUAUCACAGGAUGUUGAAAAAGGAUAAACUGAAGGCAGCAUCAGCUGAUUUGGAGGCUGAUCCAGAAGCUGCCAAAGAACAUGCUAUGAAACAGGAAUUUAAACGUGCAGAGGAACGGAUGAGACUAAAACACAAGAAUACUUCGAAAUGGGCAAAGCGAAUAUUGAAGCGAGGAUUGGAUGUUCAAGAUGAAGGCACUCGGGCUGCUAUUGCAGCACAACUCCAACAAAAUGCUCUCCUUACUAGAAAAAUGAAUUCCACAAAAGAUGAUUCUAGUAGCAGUGAGGAAAGUUCUGAUGGUGAGGAAGAUGACAAUGAAUCAGAAGAAAACAUUCUGAACAAAGGGAAAGAAAAAAUUCUUAAAGUUCUCGGGAACGAUAAUGAGAUACCAACGUCAGGGGUUUUUUCAUUGCCUUUCAUGGAGCGUGCUAUGAAGAAGCAUGAGGAAGCAACUUAUCAGGAAGCACGGCUAGCUCUUGAAGAGUAUGAUGAAUCAUUGAGGAAAUUGGAGGAUGGUAACACUGAAGAGAAUGGAGAUUCAGUGAAGGUGACUGGUAAAAGAACUUUUGGACCUGUCAAAAAUACAACCAAAGAGACCAAUAAGAAGCAAAAGUUAGAUGAUCCUGACAAGAGCAGUGAUAGCGAAUAUGAAUCUGACUCUUCUCAACAUCUGGACAACAAUGAUGUAAAUAAGGUGGAUGAUGUGCAGCUUGGGACUGCACUUCUGGAUGAUGAAACGCAGGACGAUCUGUUCAAAAGCUUUGAUGAUAUUAUAAAGAAUCCAGGCCCAAAGACAACCUUUGAAGUUGGAAUGUUAGCUGAUAAUUCAUGGAAGAAGUUUAACAGUAGCAAAGGAAAUGACAGAAGCAAUGCCAAUAGUGAUACUGAUAAGUCCAUGCUGAAGGUUCCUUAUAUGGCAGGCCAGAAUCCUAAGCAACUGGAUCACAAUUCUGAUUCAGAUUCUGAGGAAGAGAUGGUUGAGGGUUUAAUGACCAUCUCCGAUACGAAGGAAAGCUAUAAAAUUCCGUCGCAAGCUGAUCUUAUACGACAGGCUUUUGCUGGUGAUGAUGUUGAGGCUGAGUUUGAGAAGGACAAACUUGAUGUUUUAAAUGAAGAGAAUCCUGAACCUGAAAAACCUGCUCUUGUUCCUGGUUGGGGACAGUGGACUGACAUUCAACAGAAAAAGGGACUUCCUUCAUGGAUGGUGAAAGAACAUGAAAACGCGAAAAGGAAGAGGGAAGAAGCCUUGAAGAGGAGGAAGGAUGCAAAGCUCAAGCACGUUAUUAUUUCUGAACAUGUUGACAAGAAGGCUGACAAGCUUUUAGCAAGAAAUCUGCCUUUUCCUUACACUUCGAAAGACGUAUAUGAGCAGAGUAUCCGAAUGCCUAUUGGACCUGAUUUCAACCCAGCUAUAUCAGUUGCUGCUCUGAAUCGGCCUGCGAUUGUCAAGAAGCCUGGAGUUGUCAUCAAGCCAAUACAAUAUGAAGAGGUUGAUCCCCAUGAGAAGCCUGAUGAACCGAAAAGGAUCAUUCAGAGAGCUGUUCCAAAUCCCAAAGCAAAGAAAACAUCUGCAAAAAAAGCAAAGGCGGUGGCCUCCAAUAAGAGGAAGUGAUCUGACCUGGCAAAUUUUUCAAUGUAUAAUCCUUCAGUAAUUUGAUGAGAUAAAGGCAAGGACAUAUCACCUUAAAAGGGUGUGAGAAGAUACCAAGGAUAACUGAGCUGAUUUUCGACAUGGCGAGCUCGAAACAAAACACUCUAGAAGUGUAUAGGAAUUCUCAUCAAACUGCGAGGCUGCUUCAGUAUGUAUGGCUCAUCAAAAGGAUGCAAAUUAUGGCGCGUUGUUCAUACAAUCAGUGUUCUGUUAAGGUUUUGUGAUGCUGCUGCACUGCAGCAGAGAAAUUUUGCUACACGAGAAGUUGUAACCGCAAUUUGUUCUGUUUUGGCACAACGCACAAAUACGAUGUACUCUCCUCGGCAAGUGUUGUCGAGGCUACAUUUUCUGCUAAUAUAACUGUCGAAGUGACUUGCAUCUAAUAUGAUGGCAUGAUCUGACCAACGAGUUAAUCAGUGCUCCUGUGAAAAAUAGUUGAACUUUAUGGGAUAAAAAUGUUUCCAAAUUGUAUUGGAAAAUUUUGUCAGGUGUGAAGUGUACAGUGGAAGAUGACCCUCAGGCCUCAGAAGUCAGAAACAACAUUUCUUAUGUGCUGCCACUAUAUAUGUCAUAGAAUGCAGUUUAGUUAUCCUUGUAUUCAUGUUAU